AUGUAUACGUUUAACAACUUCUCCAAUGUUACCUUCAACACCAGUUCCUGCAAAUAUAACGUCAAUUUUGCCAGAAAAACAAAAGAGACAACAGUCACUGACAAAGCCGCCAUUACCACUGAAUGGGUACGUGAGAUAUACUCCUUAUAUGCUGGAAAGCCCAUGCUAUUUUACAUGGAUGAAAUCCCACAAUCCCUUAAGAGCAUUCUUGCAGACUCAAACUUCACUUUUGCUGGAGUUGAGGUUGCAAAUGACAUAUCUAAGCUCAAGAACGAGUAUGGGCUGGAGUGCUGCAAUAGUGUAGACAUUCGGGAGCUAGCGAAGAACCGGUGGCCCGGACGGUUUCGUCGGCCGGGCUGA